AUGGAUGCUGAGUUACAAUUCAAUAUUGAAGUAUCGACAAAAGGCCUUGAUUUAUUUAAUUUAGUAUGUCAGACAAUUGGUUUAAGAGAGCAUUGGUAUUUUGCAUUAAAAUAUUUAGAUACAUCGAACGAAUGGGCAUGGCUUAAUUUGAAUAAAACAAUUUUAUCUCAACCUGUUCAGAUUCAACAUCAUCAACAACAACAACAGGCUAUGUUAUCUUCAGAACAAAUUCAACAAUCUCAACCUUCUCUCUCAACCGUCAGUCAUAAUGAUCGUUCAAUUCUUACAACGUCUCCAUUAGUCAAAUUACCUGCCUACACGGAUUCUCUCGGAUCAACGAAUGUCUUCAAUUCAAAAUCACCACAACAACAAACAUCAACAAUGUCGAAAAAUAAAACAUCAACACCAAUCUCAGCAUCAUCUCCGUCAUUUUCAUCUACACAACAUGUAUUACGUUCAUCGCCGCUUCUUCCAUGUCAAUCGAAUUCAACUCUCUCUCUACCAUCAUCUGUAUUAAAUAUCACGGCUAAUACAAAAUCAACUGUCGUUAAAGGAACACUUGAAUUAUAUUUUGUUAUCAAAUAUUAUACAGAAGAUAUUACGAAUGAACUAAUUCAAGAUAUUACCCGACACUUAUUUUAUUUACAAGUUAAACAAGAUAUUCUUAAUAUGGAUAUUUAUACUCCUCCAGAUACUGCUGCACAUUUAGCUUCAUUGUCCUUACAAGCAAAAUUUGGUGAUUAUGAGAGUGUAUCUAUAAAUUCAUGUCAUGAGAAUAGACCUUCAACAUCUGAAUCGAACGAUGUUAGUAUUGUAUUAGAAGAAGAAGCCUUAUUGCCUCCAACUUGUUUUCAAAAAAUAGAAUUAUCUAAACAUGAUUGGUUCGAAAGAAUUAUAUUAUUAUGGAAAAACCAUCAAGGUUUAACGAGAGAAGAAUCCGAAUGUCAAUAUUUAAAACAUGCCCAAGAUUUAGAUAUGUUCGGUUUAUCAUUUUUUGAAAUUAGUAAAAUUCAAAAUAAAAAAGAGUCGGAUCUCUUAUUGGGUAUUGAUUCAUUAGGCAUUCGGUUUUAUAAAAAAAAUAAACUAAGACCUAAUGUCUUCUUUCCAUGGUCUGAUAUUAAAUAUGUCACAGCAAAUGAUAAAAAAGUAAUUCUGAACAUGGCUGGUGAUAAACAUUCUAAUUUUGCAUUUUUUUCGAACAAAUCAUCUGUUAGUAAAGAGAUAUUGGAAUUAGCUAAUGGUAAUCGUGAGUUGUACAUGAGACGUCGUCGAGAACAACCCAUUGAAAUACAACAGAUGAAAUAUUUCGAACAACAACAACAAAAAGAAAAACUGAAAACGUAUACCCGUGAACGAGAAUUACGUUUGACAGCUGAAAAACAACGUCAAGAAAUUGAAAGACAAUUUAUAGAUUAUCAGAAACAAACGAAACAAACGCAAGAUACACUGCAACGAUAUCAAGAAGCGGCUGAAUUAUUAGCUCGUAGAGCACAAAUUAGUGACAAAGAAGCUCGUUUACAAGCAGAAAAAGCAUUGGAAAUUGAAUCCGAAUUAGAAAGAUGUAAAUAUGAAAUAACAAGGUAUUUCCCGUAUCGUCGUGCGGAAUAUCAUCUUUUAUCAACAACUGUUGAUCGAGGCCGUAAAGAAGCUGAAGAAUUAAAGCACGAAGUGAAUAAAUGGCGCAUAGCUGAGCAAGCAGCACGUGAAAAAUUAAUUCAAGUAACACAAUUAAGCCAAACAAUGGCUACUAGCCAAGCAUCCCAAUCUGUUCAACAUACAACAAUAGCGAAUCAAAAUAACUUCAGACCACAACAAACUACGUCGCCUCCACCACAGUAUCGUUCAUCAUGGGAUCAAACUGUACCGAAAUCAACAGAUUCUAGUCAAGCUGAUGAACAUGCUUAUUUGAUAGACAAACAAAAUAAACACCAGCUUAUACAACAACAAUUAUUGGAUCUGAAAAAUAUCAUUCAACAACGUAAAAUCGAAGAUAAGCAGUCGCCGUUGGAUAAAGCGUAUGAAGAAAACUUAGCUUAUGGUGAUAAUAAGUAUUCAACAAUUCAAAAGGCAAGAUCUGGUACAGCUUCGAAGCGAAUGGCAAUGUUGCAAGAUUUAUAA